AUGCGAAAAAAUCAGAAAGUGUCGGAAAGACCGCCGAAACGCGCCGCGUCGGCGACCAACAUUACGCCGACGCAGAGUGAUGGCGGCGGCAGCGGCGUCGAAUGGAAACCACCGCCGGAGAAUGAGCGACCCAAACAUCCCGGAUAUGAGGCGCCGAUUGAGGCUACCGAAGAGACCAAGACACAAUAUCAGAUUUACCAAUUCCGUGAUGCCACUGAUUUCGUCUAA